AAUGAAGAAAGUUCAUAUAUGUCAACCGUUCAAAGUUGAAGUUUCUACUGUACUUGGCUCAAAUUCUCAUUCCAACUACUCUCUCUCUCUGAAUCUUUGUCUGUGAAACUCAGCCUGCUACUACUGAUGGCUGCUGAAAUUGUGGUGGGAGCUCUUGUGUCUGCUUCCUUGAAUGUUUUGCUCGAGAAGAUUGCUUCUCCGUAUGUGGUGGAGUUCUUCAAGGGGAAGAAACGCUCUGGUUUUUCUAGUCGUCUCUACGACAUGAAGAUGAAAUUCUUGGCUCUGUCUGCAGUCCUUGCUGAUGCGGAGCAGAAGCAAAACAAAGUCCCUGGGGUGAAGGAGUGGCUGGACGAGCUCAAAGACGUCGUCGAUGAUGCGGAGGAUCUGUUCGCUGGAAUCGAAUACGAUGCUCUCAAGCUCAAGAUUACUGAGAAAGAAAAGUCGACAGCCAUCACUGCUAAGGUGAGUAACAAACUCUCCAAACUCGUCAAUUUCACUGGCAGCAAAAGAAAGAACCAGAUGGAUGAGAUUCUUAGGAGGUUGGAGCAAUUUGAAAAGCAAAUCAGUAUUCUGCGCCUGGUUGGUGAUGUUAAGAAAGAAGAACUCACAGAAAGGUCACCUACGACUUCUCUUCCUGAUGAACCUGAAGUUUAUGGCAGAGAUAAGGACAAGGAUGGUUUGCUCAAGAUGUUGAUGUCAGAAGAUUCAGGUAGCAGUAGUAGUCAAAAGAUAUAUGAAGUGAUUCCCAUAGUGGGAAUGGGUGGGGUUGGAAAAACCACGCUUGCUCAGACCCUUUUCAACGAUGAACAAGUUAAGAACAAGUUUGAAGUUUUGGCCUGGGUGUAUGUUUCUGACAAGUUUGAUGCCAUGGCAGUGACAAAAACCAUCCUUCAAUGCAUAGCUCCGGGGGAGUCUUUCAAUAACAUGAGUUUGGAUUCGCUCCAGGUUAAUCUGUCAAAGAAGCUAAUGGGAAAGAAGUUUUUCAUUGUUCUGGACGAUGCGUGGGAAGAAGAAUAUGUUUGCUGGAAAAAUGUGAUGAAACCUCUCGAUGAUGGGGGGAGAGGGAGCAAGCUGAUAGUAACGACGAGAAGUGCUAACGUUGCAGAUGGCAUUCGAACUGGUGAUACACACCAGCUUAGAGCAUUGUCAGAAGAUGAUUGUUGGGAACUUUUUGCGAACCAUGCUUCCAAUGGCAAUCCUAGAAAGUUUGAUGAUAACCCAAAACUGGAAAGCAUUGGCAGAAAACUUGUUGGGAAAUGUAAAGGUUUGCCUUUGGCUGCUAAAGUUCUAGGAGGGAUCCUGCGCUCGACGUGGGAUGUUGAUAGAUGGGAACAAAUAGCUCGAAGUAAUGUUUGGGAAAUGAGUAAGACUCUUCCAGCUGUGUUAGAAGUGAGCUACCAUUAUCUUCCUCCACACUUAAAAGGGUGUUUUGCUUAUUGUUCGAUAUUCCCAAAAGGCUAUAAAUUUGACAAAAAGGAGCUGGUCUUGAUAUGGAUGGCUGAAAAUCUUGUGAAGCAUUCUGAAGGGAGUAGGAGCAUGGAAGAAGUGGGCAAUGCGUAUUUUGACGAUUUAGUAUCUCUGUCAUUUUUUCAAAUAAAGACUCGUGAAUUUGCAGAGAAUAUAGUUUCUAUGCAUGAUCUUAUCGUUGAUUUGGCUAGAGCUGUUUCUGGAAAAUACAAUUAUUUGUUAGAACAUAGUGAAGACAUUGGCAAGUUUGAGAAGAAGACUCGUCACCUUGGAUGUACAAAGGAACUCCUUUGCUGCAAUGAAAAGAUAUCUAGUUAUGAUUUUGAGCCUACUCGUUUGCGGACCUUUUUAGCAUUACGUUCAGAAUAUCAAGAUAUGUGUAUACCUAAGGAAGUAGUGCAUCAUUUGGUGUCAAAGUUGAAACGUUUGAGAGUUGUAUCUUUUCGUUAUUCUGGUAUGACUGAGCUUUCUAAUUCAAUUGGUGAACUAAUAUAUCUUUGCUAUUUAGACCUCUCUUUCACCAACAUUGUGAAGUUACCGGAUUCUGUUACAAUAUUAUACAAUCUCCAGACACUGAAGCUAGAAGGUUGUUCUAAACUGGAAACUCUGCCUAAAGACAUGCAUCACCUCAUUAAUUUGAGAUAUCUUAAUGUGUUGGGUACUGGGCUAGUAGAGAUGCCAAGCCAAAUAAGUAAAUUACAGAAUCUCCAAAUAUUGUCGACAUUCAUUGUGGGAAAGGAAAGUGGUGCCAAAAUAGAAGAAUUGGCAGAACUUUUAGGCCUUCGAGGAAAGCUUUGUAUUGAGCAGUUAGAAAAUGUUGGCUCCAUAGUAGCAUCGGAUCAAGUCAACGUCCUAGAUAGGAAGCAACUUGAGGAAUUGAGUUUGAAAUGGUAUGGUGAUGGUGAUGGUGAUGAUCCGAAAUGUGGAGAGGGUGUGCUUGACAUGCUUUCAGCUAACACAACAUUGAAGCAGCUUUGCAUUUUUGGUUACCCGGGCAUGAAAUUUUCAACUUGGAUUGGGGACGAUUCAUUUAGUAACAUUGUCGACAUAAAGCUUAUGUAUUGUAAGCGUUGCACCAGUUUACCACCACUUGGUCAAUUGUCUUUCCUAAAACAUCUUCAUAUCGUAAAAUUUGAUUCGGUAGUGAGCGUGGGCUCUGAGUUUUAUGGUUGGAAUAGUAGUUAUGGGAGAAAGCCAUUUUCAGCAUUGGAAACCUUACGCUUCAUUGACAUGUCAUCAUGGGAGCAAUGGCAUUCAAUGCAAGCAGAAGAUGAUGCAACAACUUACGGAAAGCUCGAAACACUUGAGAUUUCAAACUGUCCUAAGCUCAUCGGGGAUUUGCCUUGCUUCUUUCCUUCGUUAACAAAAAUUCAAGUCGAUGCACACAAGCAGUGUACUUUAAAAAUCCCAAGAAUACCAUGUGCCAGAAGCAUAUAUAUUAGAUAUUUGGAAGAUAGAGAGUCAUUGGAGAAGGCAAUAAAACCAACCGAUCCUUAUCGGCAGCUGCACCAACAACAACAACACAUGAUGACGAUGACGAGUGGUUCUGCUGAAUCUUGUUCGUUGACAUCUACUGCAUGUUUGCCAACAACUACUGUUCCUCUGCAAUCUCUUGAGUUGUCGUACUGUGGUGAAUUCUUUAGAUCCCUCGAUAUGGAUUUAUUUCCCAAUCUCAAAACUCUUGAAAUAAGAUGGUGCAACUAUUUUGAAUCCCUCUCAAUGUCUGUUGUUGGGCCAUGUCUUCAGGAACUAACAUCUCUAACUAUCUGCGACUGUCCUAGUUUUGUAUCUUUUCCAAACAAUGCACUUACUGCCCCUAAAUUGACUUUCCUCAAACUCAAGAAAUGCCCCAAAGUAAAGUGGUUGCCGGAGGAGAAGAGGAGUUCCUCUCUCCCAUCUCUAAAUUUUUUAACAAUUGAUGGUUGUCCGUUGAUAGAGACAAUUCCUGAAAGUCGUUUGUCUGAACUUCGGAUAUCCUAUCAUCAAUUUUUGGGGAUGAAAUGGAAUUGGCAAACACUACCCCAUCUUAGAUUUCUUUCUGUUUAUGAGAAUGAAGAAGAUAUUGAAUCAUUUCCGGCGGAAGGCCUACUGCCUCCCACUAUUACCUCUCUUUAUAUCUAUCAAUUUUCGAAACUUAGAGGCCUGGACAGAAAUGGGCUCACACAACUCACCUCCUUGGAAACACUUGAAAUCUAUACUUGCCCUGAGUUGCAGACGUUGUCAGAAGAAGGCUUUCCAACCUCCCUCAGAUAUUUGCAUUUUCUUGAAUGUCCUCUGCUGAAGAAAACCUACGGCCCAAAGGAGAGUGACAAGUCCUGGUACAAGAUUAGUCACAUACCCAAUGUCGAAUUUUAUUGUGAAUAAGCCAGAGAAAAACCAUGUUUUUUGGUGGACAAACUGGAGUUUAUUCACAAGUUGAUUUCAAAUAAAAUGGGACCCAGUGAUUUAUGUUCUCAAGUCUAUGAGUUCAAGUGAUGGAAUGGAAGAGAUAUAAGUUCAGGCUGAGGGAUCCUCUAAUCAUUAAUGAUUUAGGGUGGUCAUUUAGAAGGACAGAGAGAAGAUAACCUUCUUAGUCAGUCAAAUCAGAAAAUUUGUUGGUUGCUAACCACCAUUAGAGCUACAACAGUUGAACGCCAUAUGAUUUCAGAAUGGCCAAAUAUCACAAUGUGAACCCCAGAACAUGUUUUAUUGGCCAACUACAAAACAAGUGACCAAUCUGCCAGUUUGUAGAGAUGGAAGGCACACCCUGGGAAUUGCUGUGAGAUUGGGGCGAUAUUCAAUAUGCAUAAUGGUAUAAAUUCAGGCAUCCUGUAAUCAUCAUCAAUGGUUAAGGGAGGUCUUUCAGAAAAUGUAGGAAGGAGAUAGCUUCCACAACGUACAUGAAACACAAGCAAUGUUCUUCUGAGGGCUAACUCAAAGGAAAGAGACAAGAAAAUAAGCAUUUUGUAAUGUACAAAUGCCAUGUCCUAGAAUAACUGAAUUAAUAAUCUGGUUUUUGGGGUUAUUUUCAUGUUUUCUCUUGUACUCUAUUUAAUAGAGUGCUAAUUUAUCAAAGCUAAGAUUCAUUGUAAAAUGGGAUUUGGGUGGUGAGGUUUCUUUUGUUCUUUUACAAAACAAAGUAAGUAAAGAAGUGUACAGAGGAAUUUUUGAACUGGUGGUGUUACUUUCUCUGGUCUGAUUAGUGGAACGAGUGAGGGUGAAACUAGAUAUAAUUUGAUUUAUGUUCAACCCACAUAAUAAAUCAGUUUGGCAUUCUUCUUUAAA